GUGAUGACGUCUCAUUCACAGCCUUUGCCGGCAUUAACGACGGCGUUCUUGCUCGCGCUCCUGUUCGAUGCCGUUUCCGCCACCGUUUCUAUCACACGGCAUCAUCGCGGCGACGUGUUCGACGUAUCAGACGUGAAAUGUUCGAUGGAAACUUGUGUUGGAGUGAGCAGCGGUACGGCGUCGUUGGUCGACGGCAUCGUAUCGGUAGAACGCGAUUACCCGUCAUCGGUCGGCAGCAGAGGCUACAAACAAUCGUCCGCGGAACCGUUGCACAACGGCAACUGCAGGUGUCAGUGCAUACAACCCGUGCCCGUGUUCAGGGACGACUUGCGGAUAUGCGUCGACGACUUGCAAGAAUGUUCGUUAGCUUCAUUCGUGUCUGGCACAACGGUACAAAAGAUACCUUACGUAUUUCUACCACUCCAAGGACAAAUCGUAUACCCUAGUGCUGAAAUUAAAAUUGCUGGUAUGCAGUAUCCUAUUUGUGCUAUUUCAAAAGCAACAUACCUAACACGAGGAGGUUGGAUAAAUUUUAAAAAUCAAUCAGACUUUGAAAUUCCUUUCCAAAUACACCGCGAAAAUGGACACAUCAUGUUAUUGUGGUUGGGUGAUUUACAAUCGAGGACUAAUAUUGAAGGGAGAUUAGUAUUGAUCGAAAUGAUUUGUAAAGAGACAUUAUCACAAGAUUAUGACAGCACUUUUCAUCAAGCCAUAACACCUUGUCUUUCGUUUAGAAUAGCAGGAACUCCAAGUGUGAAAGAAGUUUUAUUUUCAACUGACAAUCGAUCGUCGGAUAAUGCUUCUAGUUCAGGAUUAACAAUAAGCGAACUAAUAGCUGUGGCAAUUUGUUCUAUUCUAUUAGGACUAAUGUACGUAGCGUCUAUUUUGUUGUACUUGCAUGUCCGUAAAGGGCGACCUAAGGGACGAAAUGGAGAUAUAGAGGCGUUUAAAAAUCCAUUAAUGUCAAACGGUAUUACUGAAGAGGGUAUAGUUAAAAACAACCCACUGUUACAACACAGUUACAAUGAUAAUGAGGCCUUUGAGUCAGAUGAAGACAGAAAUUAUAGUAUAAGUACACAAGGAGAACCUUCUAUGGAUAUGAUAGAGAAUAAUAAUAUUAAUAGAAAUUUAACAACAGCUAUUGUACACCCUAUUCAGUCGUUUAACUCAUGUAUUGGUCAUUCGAUGUAUUAUUCAGAUUCAAAUUCUAUAGAAAAACAUCCAGAAGAGGACAUUUCAAUAGUAGAAACACUGGAUAAUAAGGAAGAUCGACCAGAUAAUAUUAGAUCAAUAGUGUGUGCUAAUCCAAGAAAAAAACUUUACUUCAAUCCUGAUUAUUUUGAACUUGAAUUAUUAAUGGCUCCUCCGCCAGCAGCAUUAGAAUUUUUAGAAAAAAUUCGUGAAGUGAUACACGAAGCAAAAAGAAAAAUAACAAUGAAAAAAUUCAUACCAAAUCUCGUUAUGAUUCUAGAAGAUGUAAAUGAAGACACAAAUGAACCAUUAAGUUCUUGCAAUAAAUGCAAAACUCAAUUUAAAAUUAAAUCAGAUACAAUACAAAAAUGGUUGAUGAAUGUACCUAUAGAAGUUACCAAGCCAAAGAAAAAUCAAGCUCCUUGUAUUCCCACUGAGUUCAAAGCAAAAGAUUACGAAAAGGAUGGAAUUGACUUGCUACUUGAGGAAAACGAAAUAAAAUCAAAAACUGACGAAGUAGAAGAAAAAGAAAAAGAAAAAGUAUUAGUAGACGAAGAAGAAGAAGAAGACGUGGAUGACGACGAUGAGGAGGAAGAGGGUACUAACAUAGAGUGCGAUAGUUUGGAAAGAUCAAUGAAUUACAAGCGGAAAUGUGGAUACCAUACACCAUCCGAGUACGGAUUUGUUAGAGCAGACCUCAGUCCAGUUUUAAGUAAUUCUGCCUUACCAAUGGAAGAAGAACUUACAAUCAGAACCACAUAUACUUAUGAUACUAUCACGAAAAGAGAAAGCUAUUAUGAACAUAUAUCUGGCCCGGACUGUAUACGAGAAAAACCCAAAAAAGAAAUCUUACCCGAUAUUUUAAAUAGGUCAUCCGAACGUUAUAGUUUAGUUAGCGAAGUAUAUGUAAACGAUAAUUUUAACACGAGCAUGUCACCUAAUAAUUCACUUGAUAAAAAUAUUAAAAAAAAGAGUCCAGGACAAAUAACCAUUGAAGUUGAAGACUGCCCCGACAAUCAUCCGGCAGAGGAUUCGGAUAGUUUUGAACCAGAUACGUUAGAUAGAAAUUGUACGAAAAUAAAACCAAAUUUGAAAACAGUAUACUCUUCAGACUCAUUAGAGCAAUUCAAUAGUCCCAAAAGCAUAAACAAUAAUGGAUUUGGUAGCUUAUUAGAGAUAUACGAAGCCAAGAAUGUCAUGGCUGAUGUGCAAAAGAGAAGGAAUAUGAGCCAACUCGAAGCCAAAUACUUAAAACCAGAUCCAAAACACUGCCGAAGGCAAAGGUGUCCAUCGCCUUUAUCUACACAAAAGCCUCCAAAAAACGUUUGUGUCAGAAGCACUAGCAAACCCGGAGUCAUGCAAUCCGAUUGCACUAGCUCAAAAUUUAACCGGCGAACCCACGAUAUCAUGGCUGGUGCUUCUGACAAACAAACAGUCAAAACUUCGCCAAUUGAUCAUAACAGAUAUGAAGACUCCGGGUAUCUUAGUACUGAAUCUAACGAAUCUCUCAACAAAGUGGUGGCUACUAGUCUAGAUACAGAUGAAUCUGGGGCAGAAAGCAUAGACACAGAUUUCAAAUUUUUUAAAACACGUACAGACCGUAAUUACUGUGAUUGGUAAUCAAUAAUUAUAAUUUAUCCAAAGAUAUAAUAGUUUCUUAUCUAUUUUUAAUUAGUUAAUAUAAAUACCGAAAAUUAGAUUGAUUUGGAAAAUUCAUAGAACUCUAUGUUCAAAACACUUAGUUUAUAUUAAGGUUGUAAUUUAUCAAAAAUCAAUAUCUAUAUUAUACCUACUAUCAGUUAAAUAUAACUUUAUUAAAUUUCUAAAAAUAACUUUUUGAAAAUACACCAUUUGAUAGAGAUAUUUUUCUUUUAAACAUCAACAUAGUAAAUAUUAAUACAGGCAGAAAUAUUCUAUUAAGUUAUAAUAUAUACUUAUUGAAUAUAAUAAUAAAUACAAUACUCUUUCUUAAAAUCUUAAAAUACUCAUAACUAACUUAGUAACUACAAUAAAAUAAUUGAUUUUUAAAUAAAACUAAACAUUGGAGAGACUAACAAAAUUAAUUAAUAUUAAUACCUUAAUUAAGUAGCAAUACACUUGAAUAAAGGUAUCACAUGACUUUAAAUUUGUAUAUCCUCAUUUUAACCAUAAAAAUAAAAAUAUGUGUUCAAAGUGAAACUAAUAUAGUAUAGUAAAUGUAUUAUUAUUAUUUAUUAUAAUAUAAUUAUAUUAUAUUAUUAUGUAUUUAAAAACUGUAAAUAAAAAAAUGUGAAAAUAUAUUUUCAUACGAGGCUGGAUUGAGUGCAAUUAUAGAUUAAUUUAAUCACGUAUUAUUAAGAAUUAAUUAAUAAAAUAUAGUAUUAUAAGCUUUACAUACAAAUCAAUAUCAAUUUAUAUUUAAGAGGAUGUUAACACACUAUUUAUUUUUUAUCUCUAAUAGUCUAAUCUAUAUGCAAGCACAAUAUACCAAUUUUAAGCUCAGUAAAUCCAAUUUUUUGUUUUUAGCGUAAUAUUUGAGUGAAUCAACAUAUUAUUAUAAAAUAUAAAUGUAUGAACAUUACCUAUGUUUUUACAUUGUUUUUUUUAUGAUAAUUUAAUUUUUCUGCAACAAAUGAAAAUGUAAUAUUAUAUACUUAUGAGAUUGAUUUCAUGAAAACAUAUAUAAUGUUUUUAAUUUAAAGUUUAAUAAUAGAUCAAUUCACUCUAAAUAAAAAAGGUCAAUUCUUUAAUAUAGAACAUAACAACAUAAGAUUGGUUCUGCUGAAUGUAUAUUUACUAUUUUGCAUGUGGGUCAGACACUCAGACAAAACAAAUAAAUAGUGCACUGAUACCUAUUUAAGUGUUUUAUUAUUAUCACUUACUUGAUUCACAUAGUUUUAAACAAAAGAUGACAGGUUUAUUUAGAUUUUAAAUUAUUUUCAUUGAAUACAUAAAUUUCAAAAAAUAAAAUUAAAACAAAUUUCAUUGAUACAUUAAAAAUAAUAUUAUCAAAAUAUUAUCCAACUGCUUAAAUUAUUUCAUAAUUUUAUUUUUUUAAAUUUUCAUACUUGAGUCAUGCAAUCACUUUAGAGCUUAGUUUUUAAGAAUAUAUAUAAAAUAUAAUUAUUAUUUGUAAGUACUUAGUUAUGUUGCCAGUCCAAUUAAUAUAUUAUUAUAGAUGUUAAGCAAAAUGACUGAUGUAUAAUUGUAGGUUCUAUUUGUAUACUAAUUAUUUAAUCUAAAGAUAUAUUUUUAAUUUGCUUUGUAUUACAAAUGUAAAAAGGAAUGAAAAUGUAACAUAAAAAACUUUUAUUUUAUGAUUUAUUUGAGUUAUGUUAAUUAUUGCAGUAUUUUCAUGCUAGUUUAAACUUUUACAUUUAUAAAAUUAAAUAACCUAAUAAAAUUAUUGUAUUUAUUUAAUUAGAAAUUUGAUACAUUCAUACAAUUAUGAUACAAUAUAUAUAAUUUCCAGGAAAAAUUUGUUUAAAUGUAUUAUAUGUAUGUAAAAACAAUACAAAAUUAAGAUAUUAAUUGUUGUAAUAAUUUAUAAUAGUUAUAUUUUAUUACUAUACCUCUAUCAAAUAACAAUUAACUAAGUAUACCCACUUAAUAAAUAAAUAGAUAAAUUUAGUAUAUUAUUAUAUACAUAUUUUUAUUGUUAGAUUUUAUCAUGUAUAUUGUUGUAUUUAAUUAUUUAUAUUGUGAAUAAAUUGAGUUGAUCUUUCACCUAUGCAAUAUAUAGUUGUUGAAAUAUUGUAUUACUUGCACAUUUUUAGUGAUAAACAAAAAACUCUAAUACAAUAACUAGUAAACAAAACAUUUGUUUGACAACUUCUUGGCAAGGUUAGGUUAAAUCAGUCUAAUACUUUAUUUAUGCGGUUAUGCUAUGAAAUAUAUAAAAAAAAAGCCAACAAUGGCAAAUAUUAGAUUAAAGACCCAUAAACAUAUUAAUUCAACAUUAACAUGAAUAGUAAAUACAUUACAAUAAGCAAACAAUUGUGUUCACUUUAAAUGCAAUAAAUUAAGUUCAAUUUCU